AUGGCAAGCCAAAUGUCCGCCGGUGAUGCGCCACAGGGCGUUCAGUCGAAUCUGGAACAAGAGCGAGACCGUUGGUUCACCACACUGGAGGCGGUCAGAAGACGGUUCGAGGCCGAGAAGGAGACCCUCAAAUCCAAACUCAACCAUGAUCAGCAAAGCACUUGUCGUGAUUUGGAAGAACAGGCCCGGUUUGCCGAAUCGCAAAAUCUGCCGAGGCAGGUGCUUGAGCUCUUCCAGAACUACCAAGCGGAAAUUCGGACUCGCCGACUCGCUGAGUGCAAGCAAAACUUUGACCUUGCAAUGCAAGAUUUAAGCAAGCACGAAAAGGAUGUAUACCAUAAACAUCACAUGGAAUUCCCCCUUCCCACUACUUUGCUGGGGCGAGGGGCGGCUACUAACCCCUCCAACUCCUCCACGGCCUUGGCGAAUCGACCACAAACUUCGGCAUUGCACACACAGGCCGCGCACAACGUGCCGCCUGCCUCGAGAACAACCAACCCAGUCACAAACAACAUUAGUUCCGCUCCCAUGCCAACGCAACAAAAUCAGCACCAAUGGCAAGGGUAUAGCCAAGCCCCUCGCCACCAUUCCCCUCGCAUGUCGGGAACUAUGAAUCAGCCAAACCGGUCAGUGAACCAAGCGGCAGACGGAAACUCAAGGAUGCUUCCAUCCAACGGACGGACUCCGCUGUUGGGCAACGGAAUGCCUUCUUCUAACCCGAACCUGACAUCGGCUCCUAAUCACGGUUCAUCGGCUGGCAGCCCACGGUCAAUGAGCCACUCGGUCGACGUUAUGCGCGGAGGGCGUGUUCCGAUUCCACCAAUGACCCAAGCAGCACAUAUCCUUCGCGACGAGAGGUCGAAUAUCACAAGAAAUGGCGUUCACCUUCAAUCCGUCCGGCCAGAGGAUUAUGCUAGACAGGCCCAGCUUGAGGUUCAUCGUCAGUUGAAGCGAAAGUCUGAUUCGACCGAGCUCUCGCAUUAUCAUGACUUGGACGCAAAGCGCGCUAGAACGGCAACUCCACAAUCCAUGGCACCUUUCUCUAUCAAAUUCCAGGAAAUCUAUCAAGAUGGCAAGGCCGAGUUCAAGCAUACCAUUGUUAAGUACGAAGACAUAUUCUACAUACUCAAAUGUGACGAGCAUGGUGUCCACUUCAAGCAGAACGCACUUGCAGCUGCGGCUAAGCAUCUCCACGGUGCCUCCCAUGGCCAUCUCAAGAAGGAACAUCGUCUAGCGAUUCAGAAGCUUGGAUUUCAUGUUACUGACUGCACUGACGAGCUUGCAAAGAUGAACAAUGAAGUGGUGCAAAAGGCGUUUGAAAGCGGAUACAAGCCCCUUAACCAACUGCACGGCCCCAAGUCUGGUGGCAAGCGGCAUUCUUCAGGACACGAGUUCUUCAAAGUGUCGUCAGACUUGUCCUUCACCCCACAGCCACAACCUGUUGACAAGCCAGAACCGAAACCCCAGGACGUGACGAAGUAUAUCACAAACCCAGAGGCUGGGGAGCUCUACCAGGCGAGGUGGCCAAAGAGCAAUAAGAUGUAUGUGGUAAUGGUUUUGGGUUGGACGGACCUCUCAAUGUGUGGCUGGGCUGAAAAGUUCUCUGACCUGGCCCUCUAUAAGGAGAGGCCAAGACCGAGCUGCUUCAAGUUCAGCCCCGAAGGCAUUGCAGGCUGGGCGGAGGGAUACGGCGACGGCGAGCCACGUGUCCUUUCCAGAGAGGUUCCUGUCAUGUGGUUUGAGACGAACGGAAAAAACCGUCUUGGAUGGGUAAACGUCCAGUUGCUGAGACCUUUCCUGCUAGACGAUCCGAAUCGACCGGCCAACCCGAACCAUACCUCGAAUCGAGCGCGUCAGUUAUAUGCAGAAAUUCGCGGCUUCAACUCGUUUGAGGAUAUGCUGUUAGGCAACAAAAGAUCUGAGCCAGCCGCGACCGAGGGCCAUGUUCCGGCGGACAUCGAAGCUCCCUCGCAGCUGCCGUCCUCCGCGUCGGAGUCCGAGUCUUCCCAAGACGUGGAGAUGUACGAUUUUGUCGGCAAUCCUCCCAAGGUAGACGAUUCUGAAGACGAGGAUUAUGUCGAGGCCACGGGUCGUAGAAAGGGAUCGGACGAAGAAAUGGCAGACGAUGAACCAUCUACGCCUCAGCCCCUCAGGCGGAGCACUCAGGAGGUGCGCCCCACGUCGCGGCUGAGCGACAGUACUUGGGGACUUGCCAGAACCGGCGCUGCCGCUGGAACGCGCUCAUCCAGGAAGGAUGAAGUCGAUAUGAAGGAUGCUGCGCAGGAGACACCGUCUAAGAGCCGCGUGUCGACCGAGGCGAAGGAAAGCAACGAUCUGGUUGCCAAUGGAAGCACUACUGAAAUUAACCUGGGCACCUCUCGAAACAACGAUGUGGAGGAACCCGAGAACACGUCGACAACGAACGAAUCUGCCGCGUCGCGAGACCGUAGACGAGAAGGCGGAUCUCGUGAUGAGACUAUUUCCGUUGCGCCAAACUCGACUGCUGGCCAGGUAGAACGGAGCGGGGCGUCGAAAUCACCCAGCUUGGAGAACGAAGUCUCCAAACCCAGCCCGAAAUUGCAAUUGGCAAACCUCCUCAACAGCACUGGGCCGGACACUUCUAAGGAGAAGUUGUCUCCGACCCGUCCGGAAAGCUCCUCCACAUCAACCAAACUAGUUGAGGCACGCCGACCCUUACCUUCUCAAGCGGGCCAAACAGAGUCACGUAGACACCCGCUGCCAUCUCAUCUCACGGCCCAGGGACGGCGCAGUGCUCAGACACAAGCUACAAACUUACCCAGCCCGGUGGAAAAGCCGAUCGAGACGAACAAAGUAACUAGCCGUCAUUCUUCGCCAGUAAAUGGCAUCCAUCGACCACCUAGUCAAAGCAAGCACAGUACUGAGAUCUCGGGUAUCGAGGCUAUGCUUAGCCCCAAAUUGUCUGUAAACGGUGAUGAUUCUAGCAAACAGCCGUCACCUACUCUCUCAAUGAAAGGCAUCAACGAGGCAACAAGCACAGAGACACGUCGAAGCGGAAGCGCAGACAGCAGCACGCGUGACCCGCGGAUGAGCAUUAGCAAUGCUCUGGGUGACCAUGAGCGUGAGGCCGCCGCCCGAAGAGCAGCUCAACAGCUAAACGGUGCAAGCGGCCAGAUGCCGAGUAAUGGCGUUUCGUCAGACAACAGCACACCCAGGGUGAUGACGCACGUGAGCCUGGCCAACGACGAUCGAUGGCGCGCAGUUCGCAGCUCGGAAUCGCCUCGCUUUGCGUCGGCUAAUAUUCGCUCUCCUCUCGUUGACCGUAGCGGGGCGGCUUCCCCAGUCCAGGGAUAUAAGAAGGAAGCUGACGGAUUUUCUAUUGAUGUGGCUUCUUUCUCAGAGGGAGACAAGAGCUGGACACACCCUGACAAACUUCUCCAUUUUGACGUCGAGGAUGAAAGCCGCGGGGUUGCUCGAUCGAGAGCGGCAGACGGCCUGGAGGCGAAGGUGGAUGCGCAGCAGGUCAAGGCAGCAAAGAUGGACAAGAAGACAUGGACUGUGACGCUCGUUCUCAAGACAGAGGACGGCGAGUCGCUGGAGCAACGAUUCGGAUUCAAGAGCAACUCGAUUACGGGAAGCAGCCGUGGAGCUCAGCCGCAAGCAACAAAGUUUUACAGAUGGGUGACGGCGAAGAAUGCGGCUAUUGAGCACAUUGAGUAG